AUGUGGCUCCUCCCGGUACCUCCUCGCGCCCGGCCCCGGUCCCGGCGGGGCCGCCCAUUCCUAGCCCAGCUCCAGCCCAGUCCCCGCCACCGCCCAGCCUCGCUGCACCGGCCAGGGGCACCGGGAGCACCCGGGGGUACCGGCGUACCGGGUGCACCCAGAGUACCGGAGAUACCAGGGGUAAGGGAAGUACUGGGAGUACCGGGAGUACCGGGACCCCAGACCCGCACCAUGAUCUGCGGCAGGAAGGCUCGUCCAGCCGAGCAGCUCCGGUCGCCUCUGGAUGGCUCCCGCCGGUCCGGCAGAGCCUUGAAGAAAAUGGGUCUGACAGAGGAUGAGGAUGUCCAGCGGAUGCUGCGGGGGUCCCUGCUGCGGAAGAUCAAGUCCCGGGGGGUGCCCAGGGAGCGCCUGUUCCGGCUGCAGGAGGACGGUGCCACCGUCUGCUUCGAGGGACGCUUCAGGGGAGCUGGCUCCCCGCAGAGCUUCUCGGUGCUGCACGUGGAGGGGGUGCGCGAGGGGCACCAGUCGGAAGGGCUGCGCAAGUUCGGUGCCACCUUCCCCGAGCACCACUGCUUCACCAUCGUCCUCAAGGGCAAGCGCAAGAACCUGGACCUGGCAGCCCGGGGUGAGGAGGAUGCUCGCCACUGGGUGCAGGGCCUCACCAAGCUGAUGGGACGGCUGCAAGCCAUGAGCCAACCUGAGAAGCUCGACCACUGGAUCCAUGGGGUCCUGCAGCGAGCAGACAGGAACAAGGACAACAAGAUGUCCUUCCGGGAGGUGAAGAGCAUGCUGAGGAUGAUCAACAUCGACAUGGAUGAUGUCUAUGCCUACAAGCUCUUCAAGGACUGCGACCACUCCGGCAAUGAGCGGCUGGAGGGCAGGGAGCUGGAGGAGUUCUGCCGGCGGCUGCUGCGGCGGCCGGAGCUGGAGGAGCUCUUUGGGCGCUACUCAGGAGAGGACCUUGUGCUGUCAGCUGAGGAGCUGCAGGACUUUCUGCGGGAGCAGGGCGAGGAUGCCAGCCUGUGCCAGGCACGCACCAUCAUCCGCACCUACGAGCUCAACGAGAAGGCCAGGCAGCAGGACCUGAUGAUGCUGGAUGGCUUCAUGAUGUAUCUGCUCUCGGCCGCUGGUGACAUCUUCAACCAGGAGCACACCAAGGUGUACCAGGACAUGAGCCAGCCCCUGUGCCACUACUUCAUCUCCUCCUCCCACAACACCUACCUGACCCGCAACCAGAUUGGUGGCACCAGCAGCACCGAAGCCUACGUCAGGGCGCUGAUGGCUGGGUGCCGCUGUGUGGAGCUGGACUGCUGGGAGGGCUCUGCCGGGGAGCCCAUCGUGUACCACGGCCACACCCUCACCUCCAAGAUCCUCUUCCGAGACGUCAUGGAGAGCAUCCGCGACUACGCCUUCAAGCAAUCUCCCUACCCUGUGAUCCUGUCCCUGGAGAACCACUGUGGGCUGGAGCAGCAGGCCACCAUGGCUCACCACAUGAAGGCCAUCCUGGGGGACAUGCUGUUGACACAGCCGCUGGAGGGGCAGGACCCCCACAGCCUCCCGUCCCCAGAGCAGUUGAAGGGGAAGGUCCUGGUGAAGGGCAAGAAGCUGCCAGAGCCAUGGCAUGAACCCCAAAGUGUCACCUCCCAUCUGGAUCCUGAGGAGGAGGAAGAUGAGGAGGAGGAAGAGGAAGAGGAGAAGUUUCAGGAGGGGAGCAGCCGGCAGUCACUGCAGUCGCUGCAGGAGAUGAGACCUUUGCAGGCCAAAGACGCAUCACAGGUGGCCCCGGAGCUGUCAGCCAUGGUGGUGUACUGCCAGGCUGUGCCCUUCCCCGGCCUGGCACAUGCCCUGCGCCACCCCCGGCCCUGUGAGAUAUCCUCCUUCAGCGAGAGGAAGGCAAGGAAGCUCAUCAAGGAGGCAGGCCCAGCCCUGGUCCGGUACAACACCCAGCAGCUCAGCCGCGUCUACCCCCUGGGGCUGAAGAUGAACUCCUCCAACUACAACCCCCAGGAGAUGUGGAAUGCUGGAUGCCAGCUGGUGGCCCUCAACUUCCAGACACCAGGCUACGAGAUGGACCUGAACGCUGGGCGCUUCCUGGGCAAUGGGCACUGCGGCUAUGUGCUGAAGCCGCCCUGCCUGCGCAGCCUCCCUGCAGAGGGCUCCCACAGCCUGGUGCUGCACGUCAGGGUGAUCUCUGCACAGCAGCUGCCCAAGCUGCACCAGGAGAAGGGCAGCUCCAUCGUGGACCCCUUCGUACGGGUAGAGAUCCAUGGUGCCCCGGCAGACUGUGCCAAGCAGCAGACCCACCACAAGCUCAACAAUGGCUUCAACCCGCGCUGGGAGGAGACUCUGAGCUUCCAGCUGGGGGUGCCCGAGCUGGCCCUGCUGCGCUUCGUGGUGGAGGACUACGACAGCACCUCCUGCAACGACUUCGUGGGGCAGUUCACCCUGCCCCUGGCCAGCGUCAGGCAAGGCUAUCGUCACAUCCACCUGCUCUCCAGGACCGGAGCCUCCCUGUCCCCUGCCACCCUCUUUGUGCACAUUCGCUGUGAGAGCCUCUGA